AUGUCGGAAUUUUAUGUGCGGUAUUACAUGGGCCAUCAAGGGCGACAUGGACAUGAGUUCCUAGAGUUUGAAUAUGACCGUGGGCGGUUGCGGUACGCGAACAACAGCAAUUACCGCAACGAUAGCCUGAUUAGGAAAGAGAUGUGGAUAAGCCCAUUAAUGGUUCAGCAACUACAGGAGAUUGUAGAGGAGAGCGAGGUCAUCAAAGAAGACGACGCAAAAUGGCCCAAGAAAAACGCAUUCGGUCGGCAAGAACUCGAGGUUCGACUUGGGAAAGAGCAUGUCUCGUUUGAGACCGCCAAGAUAGGCUCGUUGGUGGACGUGCAGGACAGCGAAGACCCAGAAGGGCUACGCGUUAUGUACUACCUGGUCCAAGAUCUCAAGGCGCUCAUAUUCAGCUUGAUCUCUUUCAACUUUAAAAUCAAGCCCAUCAGCGUGUAA